AUGAAUACCAUCUAAGCAAACGAAACACAGAAAGAUAAGUUAUUAUAAGAAUGUAGACGCUAAUGUGAAAAGGUCCUAAUUGAAUAUUAACAAGAAAUCGACACAAAAUUUAAGAUCUCGUACGAAGUUUCUAUCAAUCUAAUUCCAAAAAUACCAUCAGCAGAGAAAGUGCAUGAUCUCAGUCAAGAGUCAUUGAAAGUUGCAAAAGUAUUCAAUGAAAAUGAUCUUAUUAAUACUCAACUUCAGCAAAUAAGCAGCAAAUAGCAUCUUAUAUGCGGUUUAAAAUUGAAAAACGAUUUUGAGAAAGUUCUACGAAAUAAGCAAAAGAUAUAGAGAAUCUCACACAACUCAUAAAAUGACUAAACUAAUGCAUAAUCAGAGAGUCUUGAACAUUCAUCAAUGUUGGAAUAAAUAUAAUAUCUUGCUAUGAUUGAUGGAACAAAGAUAAGAUUAGACAAAAAUAAUGCAAGUACUUAGCUUACUUCAGAGAGUUCUCAGAUCUUCCCAAUACACCAUCCAAAUUUCUAGUUUAAAUCGGAGCAAAAUAUAGACCUUAAUAGUUAAGCAUCAAUUGAAAAAAUAGAAUCAUGUUCAAAUCAAGAGCAUUUAUUGGAAAAAAGAAAUAAUGAUAUAAAAAAAGAAUCCUUUUUUAUGCCAAAUAAAUCUACUUCUACCAACGAGAUUGAAAAUAAGCUUAUAAAUCAAAUUCAAAAAAAUAGUUUGAAAAGAAAGUUAAAGAUUAAUAAAAGUAGGAAAACUCUGAAAAAGAGACUCAGAUCUAAUAUCAUGAAAUCAGAUGAGUAACUUAUAAUACUUCAAUCUGAAUUGAGCAAAAAUCAAUAAUGGACGUCUGAAACUCUAAACAAUAUUAGCUAAAGACUUGGGCUUAAAAGAGUUCAGGUGUAUAAAUGGUACUGGGAUAGAAAGGAGGAGCUCCUAAAACUUUAAAUGGAAAAACUUCAACAUUUUGGAAAACUCUUUUAAAUCACUAGAGUCAAUAGAAAUAAAAGUAAUUCUGAUAUAGAUUAAGAGAUUUUACAAUCAAUAAAGCAGGAAGUAAGAAUAUUUAACGUUAAAAAGGUAGAUAGAUGUAUUAAUAUAAAUGCUCUUAGCUCAUUGCAGAGAUUUACAGAUUUUGCAUAGGAAAAAAUAUAUUGA